AGAGAGAGAGAGAGAGAGAGAGGUGGGAGUUGCUCGAGAAAGAGGGGGGAAAAGAUGGAGAGUGGGAAAGGAGUGGGGCGGAUGAAGCUGGGAUCGCAGGGUCUUGAGGUGUCUGCUCAAGGGCUGGGAUGCAAUGGCAUGUCUGGUGUUUAUGGUCCACCCAAACCAGAGCCAGAUAUGAUCUCUCUCAUCCAUCACGCCGUCCGCAGUGGCAUCACCUUCCUCGAUACCGCUGACAUGUACGGCCCUUUCACCAACGAACUUCUCCUCGGAAAGGCCCUUAAACAGAUAAGGAAGGAUGUUGAACUGGCUACCAAGUUUGGGAUCAGUUUUGCUGAUGGGAAGAGUGAGAUAUGCGGGGAUCCUUCUUAUGUCCGGGCCUGCUGCGAAGCAAGCUUGAAGAGACUUGAUGUCAAUUGCAUCGACCUGUACUACCAGCACCGUAUCGAUACUCGAAUUCCCAUCGAGAUUACGAUUGGGGAACUCAAGAAACUAGUUGAAGAAGGCAAGAUAAAAUACAUCGGGUUAUCCGAGGCCUCUCCUUCGACGAUCCGGAGAGCACAUGCCGUUCACCCAAUAACUGCAGUACAGUUGGAGUGGUCUUUAUGGACAAGAGAUGUAGAGGAAGAAAUAGUUCCUACUUGUAGAGAGCUUGGCAUAGGGAUUGUUACAUUUUGCCCUCUAGGGAGGGGCUUCCUCUCAUCGGGGCCCAAAGUCAUGGAUAAUUUAUCAAACCAGGACUUCCGAAAGUUUUUACCAAGAUUUCAAGCUGCGAAUGUGAAGCACAAUGCCCGCAUAUUUGACCGUGUAAAUGAAAUGGCGACGAGGAAGGGAUGCACCCCUUCACAGCUGGCAUUGGCUUGGAUCCACCACCAAGGAAAUGACGUAUGCCCAAUACCAGGCACCACCAAGAUUGAAAACCUCAACCAGAACAUUGGAGCUUUGUCUGUGAAGCUCACUCCAGAAGAGAUGGCUGAGCUUGCAACCUUGGCAGAUGCCGUCAAGGGCGAUAGAUAUGGAAGUGGGGCAUCUACUUGGAGGCAGUCAGAUACUCCUGCUCUCUCUUCAUGGAAAGGCAUUUGGGCGGACGCCACAAAAAGAAGCAGACCUUAUCUAUCGUAUAAUCAACAUAAAAUCAAUAAAAUUAACAAAAGGGAAUAAAAUCACCCAGGCCACAAUGAGAAGAAAAAGCCUCUUCCAGCCACUGGUGUGAGCAACUUCACUUCACCCUUUGGGAUCUUUGGGAUCUAAAAAGUGAUGCAAAGAUGCAGGGUUGCAGGACAAUAAAAUCUAAACUACAGACAACAGCAACGCAUGCAACCCACUGUGGGCAACACUACCAUGGACACCUCCCUUUCAUGAGAGUAAUGCAACAAUGCAGACAUUGCAGCAGCAACAUCCAUACAGCGAACCAAUAGCAUGUCGAUUCACAGCAGGGCAUUUGAUGUAAAGCGGGUCAUAGACACUUCCCUGGCAAAGAUGGACCGGAGAAGGCCCGAUCGGAGGGGGAAAUGAUCUGGACCGUCAUAACCUUAAAUCAGUCAUAUCUCGCCAAUCAGGAUGACUUUUUUGACAUAUCAUAUAUGAUUUGGGGUUAGGACCUACUCAAGACAACCAACCCAACCACACUAGGUUGUCCAUGCCGGAAUUGUGUGAUUCCAUCAGUUCGACAGUCAAAAGUCCCGUUUAGUUCCGUUUUUACUAUAAAUAGUAAGUUUUAAUUCUAGUAUAACUUUUGAUCAUUUGAGUUGUAGAAGUCGUGCUCGACAUGAAAAAGGCUUAGAAAAGUAAGUUUUAGUUCUAGUAUAACUUUUGAUCCUUUGAGUUGUAGAAGUUAUGCGCAACAUGAGAAAAAAGGCUUAGAAAAGUUAGGAGAAUAAUGUGGUUGGGCCAAAUUGAACACUUACUAUUUUCGGCCGAAAACCACAUAGCCUAGCAGGAAUAG